UCGCUGAGACCACAAAACCGAGCUGACCUCUCGACGGGGUUGUUUCGUUCCUCGCUACCCAGUAAAAACUCCGCAAACUUCGGUGGAGUUAGAUCCCAGUUUGGACUUAUAACACUAAAUCUACAAGUGUCAGUGCUAAGUUAAACUCAGUGUUUCUAAAAUACGUGUUCUCAUAUUUUCUUUGUUGGAUUACAUUUUAUUCUUGCGCAAACUAUAACCACCAAAAUGCCAAUCAGCGAAGACGAAUUCGAUCAAAACUCAGUUCCUGAGCCAACAUCCACAAUGUCAAAAGCUGAAUUGAGAAAAACUCACAAACCAAUUAUGGAAAAAAGACGAAGGGCUCGUAUAAAUCAGUGUUUAAACGAAAUAAAAUCUCUGAUUUUAGAAGCACUCAAAAAAGACCCUGCAAGACAUUCUAAAUUAGAAAAAGCAGAUAUCUUAGAAAUGGCAGUAAAACAUCUCCAAAACGUUCAAAGACAACAAUUAGCAAUGGCCAUGGCAAACGAUCCAACAGUUCUAAGAAAAUUCAAGACAGGAUUUAAUGAAUGCGCCAGAGAAGUUGGUCAAUACAUCGGUCAAGUUGACGAACAAAAAACGGGAUUAAAAGAUCGCGUUCAAACCCAUUUAACAAAAUGCAUCAACAGCAUUGAGCACAUAGCUAAAUACAAUGCACCAGGAGCUGGAUCUUUACCUUUCCUAUCAAAUGGCGUUAACAUAUUUCCACAAUCCAACGCAACUGACGUUUCGAAUUCUGACGAUCAAAACAAUAAUCCACGAGUUCAACUUCCCCAGGGAAUACAACUAAUUCCAAGUAGAUUACCAACUGGAGAGUUGGCGUUUUUAUUACCAAACUCAAGUAAUUUAUCAUUUUCAACGUCCGGUGAAAAAUCUGUUCCAAAUUUGGAGCUAAAAUCGUCGGAUAGACCAAGUGCCUUCGCAGCUGUGAUACCUUCUUAUGUUGUCCAAAAACAACAAGAAACCAAACCGUUAAGUCCUCCUUUAAGUCCUAAAGACGAUGUUAUUAUCAUCGACCCACCAAGAUCCCCAUCACCGAGAGGGUUUCGACCUGUUAACCCAACCCUACACAAAUCUUAUCAAAGUGCAUUUAUUUCAACUGCAAACCUCGGAUCUCGCGGAAUAGACAGAUUAAGUGAUGAUGAAUUAAAAUCGAUAAGAUAUCCAAUUCAUAAAUUUUCCAGUCCUAAAAAAACCGCAGAACCAUUAUGCAUCAUCACCAACCACUCGGAACGGUAUAAACAAGCUCAAGUUUUAGAUGAAUCCUCUAAUUUCCAAGAAAAUAUUCGUCAUGGUGUUAAACGAAAACAUAUUGAUAAUAUCGAUCAAUCCCAAGGGUUACUUACGGUUGUUUCUAACGAAUUUUUAUAUCCAAACAAAAUUCGAAAAACUAGCAUGGAAUCCCAUCCAAAUAAUUCUAGAUCCAGUGAAGAUUUAUCUAUUGCAAAAAAUAUUGAAGAUCAACCGUCGACAAGUUCAUCAUCAUCCGGGGGACCAUCGCAAGAACAUAGUGAAAACAGUAAUGAUAUGUGGCGACCGUGGUAAUUGAUUAAUGUGUUUUGCGCAAAAUUUUAAACUAAUUAUUUUUAAUGAGUAAAGAAUUACCAUGUAAUUUAAUGUAGUUUAAUACCUGUGAGGAUUUGUCAAAUGCCAAGAUCUACUUUCAAUGUCAAUUUAAAACAAUCUCAAUAGUCUGUAUUGAUAUGUAACCAAUUAAUAAAAUUGAUGUUAAAGAGGGUUUUGUGGCAAUGUGAUGGCAAUUAAUUAACUUGUGAUGCAGACAUUGUGAAUACGUUAUAGUUUAUAGUGUAUAAUAAACCAUUAUUUUAUGAUCUCGUUA